AUGCCACCGUCAAAUUUUAAAUUCGACGGUACGCUCAAGAUCGAGGAUGUCGACUCGGAGCUCAGUGUGGUUGACGAGCGUCUCCGCGUGCUCAUCAGCGAAGGGGCGACCACCCCUGCGGACAAGGAGGCGGACGAGCUCGAGCUCCCCGAGUACUACGAGCCCCGUAAGUUCCGGCUGGGCCAGCAGGCCUUUUACAACAACGUGUUCGCGAUGAUGAUAGCCAAACUGUCGGGCCUCCUGGCCCUCCUCGCCGUGCCCUCCAUCCUGGACAUUCUCAUCUUCACGAAGCAGAGUGGCACGCCCUGCACGGCCUUUCGCAGAUACGUCUCCACGAUACUGCACACCUUCGUCUGGUACGAGAAGGAGCCCGGCAAACAGAUCGAAUUCCUGAAAUCCCUGAAGAACGUCCGCAAGAAGCACUGCAUCGUAUCGCAGCGUUGCUCCGUGGCGGGCCUCGGUCGUAUAACGCAGCUGGACAUGGCGCUCACGCAAUUUGGCUUCAUUGGUUUCACGCUGCUCAGUGGCGAUCGGCUCGGCAUUUUUACCACCGACGAGGAGCUCGACGGUCUCGUGCACUUUUGGCGGGUGAUCGGCCGCAUGCUGGGCAUGGACGAUAGGUACAAUCUGUGCAACGGUACGGUCGAGGAGUGCCGGCAGCUGUGCAGAAGACUGUUGGACGAAAUUUUCCUGCCCAGCUUCGCGGUGAAAAACAAAAACUUUGACGAGAUGGGCCGUGUGCUCCUGGAAGGCCUCUGGCCCGUCAACCCCCACUUGGAUCCCAAGGCUUACACCACCUUUACCCUCCAGCUGGCCGUAUCCGCGGCCACCAACAACAAUCACUCCGUCGUCAUUGAUACGGAGGGUAUGCCGUUGUACAGUAAAUUCAUGCUGAAUCUGCAGCUCAUGGUGCACGAGUACCUGAUGCCCCCGUCGUACUGGUGGUCGAGGUUCUUCCGGGGCUUCUUCAACGCGCAGAUGAGAUUCGCCAUCUACCUCACGGAGAAUUUUCCCUUUUUGGCCUAUUGGCUCUUUGGACGGCAAAACUCGCGAGUUAACAUUUACAAGUUCCACUACGACUGA